UCUCUUUUCCUUACCUCUGAACAGCUAAGGACGCCCUCUCCAGUCCCACUUCCAUCCCACACUCUAUAAAGUCGACAAGGUGGCAAUAACUUGUGCCUCUGGAUCUAUCUCGCCUGCCCUCGCUAAUUGUGAAUCAAGGUUUCCCCUUCAAACAGGAUCUUUCCUUUCCAAGUGCAUGCUCCAAGGAGAAGCAGAAGUUCAGGAAUUGAGAUACAUAGACAUGUUUUAGCUUUUUGCCUUUCUCUUGAGACCAUAGUAGCAUCACUGGAAGGUCAGAGAGGAGUGACAGAAGUUUGGACUGUGGGAAGGAGUGCCUUUCCUUAAAGGAAGAAUAAAAUAGUCUGACAUCCCUGCUGUGAAUGGCUUUGUCUGUGGAUUCUGCUUUGUACCGUUGGCGGAGACUAGGAGCUGAAAGUUCCUCCCAGACUCCAUCAGAAUCAACACCACUGCUGUCUUCUGUCAGAGACAAACCAAGACCCAACUUAAACAAAUGGAGGAUUGUGUUUCCUGACAAUGGGAGACAGUGGAAAGACUGGAAACAAGCUUCUGUGGUUUAUUCUGGAAACAGAAUACAGACCACAAAAUACACAUGGUUCACUUUUUUUCCCCAAAAUCUUUUUGAGCAGUUUCACAGGCUGGGUAAUCUUUAUUUCUUAUUUCUGGUGGUUCUGAACUGGUUCCCACAAGUGGAAGUCUUCCACAAGGAGAUUACUAUGUUGCCUCUGAUUGUGGUGCUGCUUGCCAGUAUGAUUAAGGACGCUAUUGAAGACCAUAGAAAAUACCGAUUUGAUAAGACAAUAAACUUCUCUAAAACCAGGGUGUAUGACAAGGAAGAACAUGCUUAUGUUGAGAAAUGCUGGAAAGAUGUCCGAGUGGGGGAUUUUGUACAGCUUCAGUGUAAUGAGACCAUCCCAGCUGAUAUCCUACUGCUCUACUCCUCUGACCAGAAUGGGAUCUGUCACUUGGAAACUGCCAACCUUGACGGGGAGACCAACCUUAAACAACGACACGUCGUGAUGGGUUUCUCCAGCCAGAAUACCUUGUUUGAACCCGAAUUUUUCCAAAACACCAUCAUCUGUGAAAUGCCUAACAAUGAUCUCAAUAAAUUCAAAGGGUACAUGGAGCAGCCAAAUCAUGAACGGAUUGGUUUUAACAUUGAAAGCCUCUUGCUUCGUGGAUGUACAAUCAGAAAUACUGAGGCUGCAAUAGGAAUUGUUAUAUAUGCAGGUCAUGAAACUAAGGCCAUGCUAAAUAACAAUGGUCCUCGUUACAAGCGCAGCAAGAUAGAGCGACGGAUGAAUAUGGAUAUUUUCUUAUGUGUGGGACUUCUGUUCAUGAUGUGUCUUGUUGGAGCUGUAGGGCAUGGCAUUUGGACAGGAAACUUCUCGGAGUAUCCACCCUAUGAUGUCCCAGAUGAAAAUGGCAAUUUUCUGUCUCCAGUUCUUGCUGGUUUCUACAUGUUCUUGACAAUGAUAAUCCUGUUGCAGGUUUUAAUCCCCAUUUCGCUUUAUGUGUCCAUUGAGUUAGUCAAAUUGGGCCAAGUCUUCUUAAUUCACAAUGACAUUGACCUGUAUGAUGAAGAAGCAGAUUUGCCUAUACAGUGUCGUGCCCUAAAUAUUACUGAAGAUCUUGGGCAAAUCCAGUAUAUCUUCUCAGACAAAACUGGGACACUAACAGAAAACAAAAUGGUAUUCCGACGCUGUACUGUCGAUGGAAUUGAGUAUUCACAUCAGGAAAAUGCCAGGCGCCUGGAGAACCACAAGGACUUGGACUUAGAUGAUGAGGACUUUGCAAAAUUUCAACACUUCACUCUUCCUCCCAUGAAUAUUGAGAGACAAGCCACUUACAAACAGACGACCACGAAACCUUUAGGGAGAUGCCAGAGUGCUAGGGCUCAUUUUCAGGGGCAUACACGGAACAGGUCACUUGGUCGUCGUGACAGCAACCAGUCUCAAGUGGCAUUCAGCAGUACCAUUGAAAAGGAUGUGACUCCCGAUAGAAGGCUGCUGAGGCGAGUGAGAGAAGCUGCACUCCAGACUGAAAAUCUUUCUCCUUUUAUACAUACGAAGACUUCCACAUCCCUUACUGACUUUUUUCUUGCCCUUGCCAUCUGCAAUACAGUCCUAGUCUCCACAGCUACAGAACCAAGACAAAGGGUCACAGUCCCACCACCAAUAAAACCAUCAGGAAUCACCCUGGAGAAGAUUCAUCAGAUAUUUCAACGGCUAAAAUUAGCAAGCCUUAGUCAGUCUUUCUCAUCAUCUCAGUCUAGUUCAGACCUAGGUGCUAGCUUCAGUGCAAAGAACACCGAGGAGCAUCUUGCUGCAUUGGAUUGCUGUGACAAUGAUGGCAACUGCUGUGCCAGCGGUAGAGGCGAUGAGUUCCAGGGCAAGGGCAGCACAGAUAUUGGUAGUGCUUCCUUGGAUGAGGUUUUUAAAUCUGUGACUAAUAGUUCUUUGCCAACAGACUUUUGCUAUGAGGCUGAGAGCCCAGAUGAGGCAGCACUUGUCUAUGCUGCCCAGGCAUAUAGUUUUACUUUAGUGUCCCGAACUCCUGAACAGGUGACCGUACGUUUGCCACAAGGCACACUCCUGACUUUUGAUAUUCUCUACACUUUGGGAUUUGACUCAGUCAGGAAAAGGAUGUCUGUAGUGGUGAGACACCCUCUAACCAAGGAGAUUGUUGUCUACACAAAAGGAGCUGACUCUGUUAUAAUGGACUUGCUGGAAGACUCUGCCACAGCUGACAUUAGUGCAGAAAAGAGAAUGAAAAGAAUAAAAGAAAAAACACAGAAGCAUCUGGACUCCUAUGCCCGUGAUGGCUUACGAACUCUGUGCAUAGCCAAGAAGGUCUUGAAUGAAGAUGACUUUCAAAAAUGGGCCAAUUUUCGUCGGGAGGCAGAAGCUGCAAUUGACAACAGAGAUGAGCUGUUAAUGGAGACAGCGCAGCAUCUGGAGACCAAACUCACCUUGCUGGGAGCAACUGGGAUUGAAGAUCGACUGCAAGAUGGAGUGCCUGACACCAUUGCGGCUCUUCGAGAAGCUGGUGUGCAAAUCUGGGUGUUGACAGGAGACAAACAGGAAACAGCAGUUAACAUUGCAUAUUCCUGUAAACUCCUGAACCAGAGAGACACUGUCUUCACCAUUAACACUGAAAAUAAGUGAGAAACUUGUGAAUCUCUCUUGAAUUUAACCUUGGAAGAGGUGAGGAAGAAUUACGAGGUUGAAAAACCACAGAGGAAGUUUUUUGGCAUUAUCCCUACAUCUUGCUCAGCCUCUGAGGCCCCCAGUCCUGAGUUCGGACUGGUGAUCGAUGGACGGACGCUGAACGUCAUCUUCCAGGCAGGCCUGGAGGAGCAGUUCCUGGCACUGACGAAGCACUGCCGCUCGGUGCUGUGCUGCCGUUCCACCCCUCUUCAGAAGAGCAUGGUGGUCAAGCUCAUCCGGAGGAAGCUGAAAGUGAUGACCCUGUCAAUAGGGGAUGGUGCAAAUGAUGUAAGUAUGAUUCAAGCAGCUGAUGUUGGAAUUGGAAUAUCUGGCCAAGAAGGCAUGCAGGCUGUGAUGGCUAGUGACUUUGCAAUAUCCCGAUUUAAGCAUCUGAAAAAACUGCUUCUUGUCCAUGGACAUUGGUGUUAUGCUCGCCUGGCAAAGAUGGUGAUUUACUUUUUCUACAAAAAUGUGAGCUACGUCAACCUGCUCUUCUGGUACCAGUUCUUCUGUGGGUUCUCAGGCAGCACAAUGAUAGAUUACUGGCAGAUGAUCUUUUUCAAUCUCUUCUUCACCUCGAUGCCCCCUCUUCUCUUUGGAGUCCUGGAUAGGGAUGUUUCUGCAGAAACACUUCUAAGUUUGCCCAAAUUGUACAAGAAUGGACAAAAUUCAGAGAUAUACAAGCUGUCAACUUUUAUUAUUACAAUGUUGGAUGCCUUCUAUCAGAGCCUCAUUUGCUUCUUUGUCCCCUAUUUGACAUACAAGGACUCUGACAUAGAUAUGUUUUCCUUUGGAAACCCCAUCAAUACCAUCUCCCUCCUGACCAUUCUCUUGCAUCAGGCUUUAGAAAUGAAAACGUGGACCCUGUUCCACUUGGUAACGAUGGUUGGCAGUGUGGUGUUUUACUUCAUCUUCUCUCUGAUCUACAAUGCCACCUGCGUGGUCUGCAACCCUCCCACCAACCCUUACUGGAUUAUGGAGAGACAGCUUUCAGACCCCACCUUCUAUUUACUGUGUCUUAUUACCCCAGUCAUCGCACUCUUGCCAAGGUUCUUUAUUUUUGCUCUGCAAGGAACCUUUGGAGCAUCUCUGAUUCUGAAAGCACAGCAACUAGAUAAACUUCCUAAAGGUCAACAGGAUCUUGAAAUCCAGAAGUUGAGAUCAAGAAAACAAACUACCUCUGGUGCACCUGUAGUAUCACCUGCAUCUAAUGAUGACCUUGACCAAAACAUCAGCCACUUAUGUGUGUCACCAUUUUUACAUCCAGCAGCAACAGCUGUCUCUCAGGGAGACACAGAAACUCGGGGACUUUCCACCUCUGAUGUGAAUCCUCUCAGGAAAGAGACACCUGAAGAAGGUUACUAUUUCUUUAAUAGGUGGGCAGAGGAAGAAUCUACUGCUACAGACUCUUCAGCAGGACCUUUCUCUGGCCAUUACCCCCCUGUACCCAGCAGGGUAACAAAUCCUGGACAGAACAGUGGCAAACUGACUAAAGAUAAUACUAACAAUUUUAAUCAUGGAAGCCAUCGGCGAUCUGUGAGUGCAGUGACGCUCUGAAGAAACAUUCAGAAAUGGGAUCCACAGCCCAUGUGGAAAAGGAUACCAUAGGGAAAAUAAAAGGUCUAUUUAUACUUAACCGUGAUGCUCCCUCAAAAGGAGAGAGGCAUGUGGAGUAGUGCAAUAAUAUCUCUAAUAUGCAACUUUUCCUAUGUGCAUAUAUAGUUUCGGUUUGUCAUUACAUGACUUCUUGAUCUUCCUGGUUCUGUUUCAUUAGAGGAAUGUUACAUGAGCAUCACACAGUUGCUGAGAAAUGUACAAUUACUUUCUUUCAUCAAGGAAUAUUUUUCUUUCACAGUAAUAGAUAAUAAUUGUACUAGUGAUGUUUCAGUGUUAUGCUAUUGAGGUAAUAGAAUGAGAAUCCAUUCUAUAUUAACCUAAGUCUUAGAGCAACACAUCCCACUCUAGCUUUUACUAGCAAGGUCUUAAAAAGACCUUACUAACUUAAAAAUUAGAGUUCUGCCUGGAAAAAAUGUUACCUCCUGGUACUAAAGCUAUUUGCAGAAUAACAGCAUCAGAAAGAGAUUAGAGAAUGUUCUGCUUUUUAAUAUAUGGACUUCAUACAUAUAGAAAUAUCAGGUCUAUAGUCUGUUUUCCCUGAACAGUAAGCUCAGUAUUUUUAUGCAGGCAGUGGUUUGACCUGAUACUGUUAAGAAAAGUAGAAAUGAGUUUAUAAAGUAGAAGAAUGCAAAUACUGAACUGCAAGAACUGACAGGAUAACUCAGGGAUAAGUGGAAUCUACUUGUUGAUACCUACAAAAGCAGACAGAUAUAAAAAGUCAAAUUCAAGGAUUUAUGUUCUGGAAUUCUAAAGUUGUCCCUGCUUUUUCAUCUAGAAACUGAGUUUCUUCCUUCCAUUUUCUAUAUAAUUAUGUAGUGUUGCUGCAUUCAGUCAAGUAUAAAUCAUGCUCCUCCCUAAGCUGGUUACAUUCACUAGUUGAUAGAGAUCUCAAUAACAGAAAUUUUGACAAGCAAUAUAUGAAGGUCACUAAUCACAUUGCAGUAAGUACAUGCUGUAGAAUGACCAAAAUAUGCAUAAUAUGUUCAUCCUUUUCAGUAUCUCAGGGCAACAAGAUGCAGGAAAAAGAAA